CGAUUCUGUACCCGUUGUCUGGAUUUCUUCGCUAAUCAUGAGUUACGGUUACAACAAAUACAGCUCGAGUAUGAGCUCUCGAGGGCGUGGAUUUAACUCCCGUGGAGGCAGCUCUUACAGAGGACGGGGAGGAGGUGGAAACGAUUGGAAUAGUUCAGGAAGCGGAGCAAAUAUAUCUAGAGGCAACUAUACCUCUCGUGGAAGCAGAUUUAAAUAUUCUGCUCCUGGAUACGAUUCGCGAUCCAAAUAUCCUUCGGGAGGAUCCGAGAGAUACUCAUCCAGAGGAGGCAGAGGUGAUCACUCCAGUAGCUGCAAGCGUCCACGUGAUUCCUAUGGAGAAAGAGAUGACCAUAGAUCAUCCAGUGAAUCAACACGCAAGAGAAUCAGAAGCGACUCUUAUCAGGGUGGAGGCAGCGGAUCGCAGAGGUACUCGUCGUCGUACGGCGGCUCGUCCGCCUCCGGAGGGUACGAGGAUAAUAAGAGAUCGUCGUCAUCGGCGGUAUACGAGGACAAGAGGCAAAGCGAGCGAGCCUCGUCGUACCACCGGUCGGAGGAUCGUCACUCGGCGUCCAGGAGUUACGCGCCCCCGCCGCCGCCGCCCCGCAUAAGCGAAAUGGCGCCCCCGAGUAUGAGGUACACCUCGACCCGGGGUAGAAUAUCCCACCAGAGCGCGGGCUACCGGGGCGGCCGGGUCUCUAGCCGCGGGGCUCGCGGCCCCGGAUACCACCGGAUGGGCUCCAGGUCGGACCUCGUGGUGGCGCGGAAGCGCACCCUCAACUCGCUCGACUACCGGCGCAAGCUCCUCGGCUCGCGUUCGCGCGACUACAUCCAGCGGGUGCGCAUGACCUCGACCAAGUUGCGCAGGAGUGGCGGUACUGCUAGGCUCUCCGGAAGUAAAAAGGACACCGGAUCCACCAUGAAGGACAAGGACAGAGAGAUGGCGAAGGCUAUUAACGCGGAGUUCUCCGACGACGAGGAGGACGACGACGAGACCAAGGACAAUUGGGACGAUGACGAUAAGCACGAUCACGACGAGGACGACGAGGGCGAGGACGAGAAGAAGAAGAAGGAGGAGAAGAGAAAGAAAGACAAGGAGAGACAGAAUUCCGACGACGAGGACGAGGAGGAAAAGGACGAGGACGAUGACGAGAAGAACGAGGUGGACGAGGACGAUCCCGAGGACGAGGAGCGAGUCGACAACGAGAAGACCGAGCGAAGAGGCAGCAUGGGGUCGGAAGAGCUGCCGAGCAGACGCGACGGAAGGCGCUUCAUAAAGCUGCACUGUCCCCACUGCGAUCACAGGAGCGUUACCUUCAAGGAGUACUCCCUCCAUUUAUAUUCCGGGCGGCACAACUCGACCAUGAGGAGUAUCGCUGCUCGACACAAGGCCACUCUCGCUCGUAUGCGCGUUCUUCAGAGACAGGAACAGCGGCGGGUCGAGGUGCGAGACGCCGCCCGGGGGACCCUUCCUUCUAGGACGAUGUUCUGCCCUAUCUGCAAGCUGAACUAUCGUUCCCUGAAGGCCAUUCACCAGCUCUCGGAGUCCCAUCGACAGAUGAAGCGCUUCCUCACGCCCUUCUGUCGCGUUUGCCGCAUUCAGUUCCGCUCGCCCAUGCUCUUCGAGACCCACGUGUGCUCGUUGGACCACAUCAAGCGCAAGAGCAUGAUGGAGGAAAGAAUGAAGAAUGGAAACACUCAGGCGGAGCCAGAGUCGAGCGGGGCCGACGAGGACGACAAGGAAGUCAACCUCGACAACUUCAUGACCCUGGACUCGGUGGGAGACGUGGACGAGGACGAGGAAGAGUCCAGCGAGAAGAAGAAGGAAAAGAAACCAGAGGGCGAGCCUCCGGCCGAGCAACCUCCGGAGAGGAAGAUCAAGCAGAAGCAGACCAUCAAGGUUGGUGCGGAGUACAUCAAACGCGUUGAGGUACAAUUCUGCGAGCUCUGCAAAGUCUACCUACCACGCAGCGAGAACAGCGAGAGAGCCGUGGCACUUCAUUGCUCGACUCGUAGCCAUCUAAAACGGUACGUCCGUGACAACGACGACAAGGCUCUGCGACGCCAGGCGGAGAGGAUACACCUUCAGACCUCGUCGACGGUCUCCACGAAUGCAACGUCGAAUUCCGUGAACGCCGCAGAGAUCUUGAAGACCGAGCCUUCGAGUCCGGAGCCAUCCGCCUCGGCGAAUGGCGCGACGACAACGGGGGCGGAGGCUGCCGAGUCCUCUGCGGAAACGAAGGACUCCGAGGAGAAGACCAGCGAGUCGGUCGCGCCCUUGAAGAAGGAGGUGAUUAACAAAAGCGCCCAGGACGAAGAGGAUGACGAGGACUAUCAGGGCGACGGCGGUGACAAGCUCUGGGACGACGUGGACAAGGAUCUGGGCGACAUCCUCAGGGAGACCGAGCCUGGAGCGAAGUCCAGCGACGACGAGGAUUCGCGGUACGAUCGGUUCCGCAACUCGGAGAAGAAGUCGCAGCAGGAGAAGGAAAACGAGGAGGAUGCGAAGGAGACCGAGAGGGAGGAGACCAGUGCCAACAAGCCGGAGCCUAAAGCCAAGGUCGAGGUGGCCGAGAAAAAAUAAGGUCGACGGAGACGACGUCUCUCGCGCGGUAGAAGAGCCAGGCUGGGAAUCCAGAUGGAAUGUGGAGAACGCUAUCUCGUGUUGGUUCUACGGAAAACCACCUUCUGCGAGUAUCUUGCAUCGACGAGCCAUUCGAACACAAGGGAAUUGGCGUUUAUUACGUUCCCUCACCCUUUAUGCGCAUCGAGAGCCUAUGUUUCCACGGUAUCUUAUAAUUGUAACGUCUCUCAAUUCGAGAGGAUUGGUUUGCUUGGGUAGAAGGAGCGAGGGCGCGAUAUUGCACGGUGAAGAGGACGCCGAAUGCUUUGCCUCGCUCCUAAUCAAUUCUACUUUCCCCGAGGGAACGAAGAAACGGUAGAGAUCGCCCAAAUCGGAAUAUCAUUGGGAUCGUUUCACACAAUUGCGAGUAGACCACGAGCACGUUACGCUAGAGACGCCCAUUAAUUUGCGUCUCGUAAACGAGAACAUGUGAUUCGCGUUUUUUCUAUUCACUUUGAGAUAAAUUGUCCUGUCACGUAAGCGACGACUAACGACCGUCGGUUAAUCAACGCUGACGCAGGUGUUCAGUUUAAGACCGAUUUAGAUUGCUGAGUGCGCCUAAGUACUGCCGGACCGGCACAAGGAACAUAUGCCACGCCGUGGAUUCAGUUAUUCAUCCACUAUUAAGCGUACAGUUGAUAAGUCUAAUCUACGCAGAGAUAUUAGAUGUUAGUUUGUAAUUAUUAAGAAGUAAUAAAAACAACUCUGAAAAAA